GCCAUUUGUGGGAGCUUGCUGUGUGAAAGUCAGCUUGUGUGCUUUUAUGUCACAACAGCUUCUGUGCUUCAAAAGUGGCUAUAAAAUGUUUCGCAGUCAUGACAGAUUUUUUAAAAAAUGACUCGCAAUAUUUUGCAAGUCAGUCUGGCUUCGAAUAUUUUUCCAAAUGAAAGGUUUUGGAUAAGCUGUCAAGUUGCUCUGUCUCCUUUUGCUUGCACUUGUUGCACUUCUUUUUCUGAAAAUUUUGCAGAAAUCAGAAGGUGGCUGUUUCUUUUAAAAUUCUUUCAAACAGCUGUUUAAUAGGGAAACCCCGUGUAGCUAUUUUACAAGUUGUGUGGUUUCUGUUCAUCCCAGGAUUCCCAAGUCAGAGGCUAAGAUCUUCUUGUACAUUUUUCCCCACUAAUUGUGAUUCAUGGGUGAGAAGAAGGUUUGUCUGACACUGAAUCACUGAGAUUACAAUGCACUGGUGGAGCAAUGUGAGGUGUGUGAACUGUGAUAAUGUGUACUUGGAGAGAAACUUUGAACCCACAGUGACACAAAGCUUCUCGCCACACAAAUGCCUCUGAGCAAGAAGUUGUGGGUUUAAAUACCAAUUGUGGUGGGUAGCUUAGGCUGACACAUCAGAAAAACAGAUUAAGGAAUUACCAUUGAGGCAACAUAUUUCUGGUGAGACAUUAGUCAGACCAUGGGGUUUCCUUGCCUCAUGUCUUGAGUUCAGGCUAAUUGGAGAUUGAGCUGAAACUUAUGGUCAUCUAAAUCAUGAUUAUAUCGUGUGACUGCUAGGGCUUAUUCCCAAUCUCAGUCUGAAUCUUAUCUAGAUAAUUUAAUUGAAGUCUAUUCACGGUUUGAGCUUGUUUUCUGCAUUCAAAUAAGUUGAGCUGCCAGAUGAUUUGAAGUAUCUUUUUGAAGUAAUGAUGCAUAUAACUUGUUAAUUCUUGCAGUGGAUUCUGUUUGCAUGCAUUUUACUCAGAACUGUAGGAGGGGAUAUCAGCGGACUGAGGUUUUGCUUCCUAGCUGUGUCCAAGAGGAGAUGGACGGGAGAGAAGGUGCAAAAUGAGAGUUGAUAGCAGCACUCUUUUUUUCGGUGUUCUUUGAGUGUGUGGUGGUUUUAAUGGAGCUCACUGGUUGUAACGUGGAGGUGAUUGCUAUCUGUAUUACAUGCAUACACACCUUUCUGUGAGUAACAGGAAGUGAGGUGGGAGUUGGUGGAAAAGAAGAAAAAACUGGAUGAAUCAGUCAGUCGACUUGUGCUUUUAUUGUUCCCACCUCACAUCUCUGACCAGGCCAGCAUUUAUUGCCCAUCCCUCCCUGUUUGUUACUUAGCAACUGUUCACGACCUGGAAGCAGAUUACCGCCUGCCUUUUUUUGUGUGUGUGAGAGAGAGAGAGAGAGAGAGACACACACACACUGUCUGAAGCCCAUAGGAAGAAAAGGUGCUACAGGAUCUGCUGAGUUUCUCCAGCACUUGCCUGUCUUUGUUCUGGAUCUCCGACAUCCACGAUUUCGCUAUGAAAAGCCUUCAUUUUCCCUACUUACAUCACCCAUGCCUACCACAAGGAAGCUUCUUCACUUGCCUGUCAGUCUAAUAGUCUGCCUCCAAAGACCUUGAACAAUUAACGUUAACAACCGAACUCUCCUCAGAACUGUGUCUGCUGCCAGUCAUCAUUGCUGGGCUCCUGAGAUGGUGGCAGGGCUUUGAAAGAGGCUCAUUUCCUCAGCACCACGCUCCUACCUCCGUAAGGCUGCAGUGAGGUAUAUUUGCCCGUUGCAUUUCUUGCCAUUGCACUCAGGGCCGCUUUCCAGGUCGGCUCCUCGGCAUGGCGACUUUGGCCUCAUUGUCUGGCAAGGAUGCUGCGCUAGGUGCUAAACCACUGGCCUAUGCCAAACCCCUGAAUGAUUUGGACUUCCACUCGGGAGCUCGUAUCGAGGAGAUAACGAAGCUGAUCCAGGAGUUCGGCAAGUAUGAGAUGAGGGACUUUGACGAUCGGCAGGCCCUGGAGGUUCAUACCGCCAAAGACUUCAUUUUUUCUAUGCUGGGCCUUGUUCAGAAGCUGGACCACAAGUUACCCGUCUCCAACGAGUACCUGCUGCUGUCUGGGGGUGUGCGGGAAGGGGUGAUCGACAUGAACCCCGACGAGCUGGGUGACUACGCCAGGGGCACAGACUACGACGUCGACUUCACGCUGCUGGUUCCGGCGCUGAAGCUCCACGACCGCAACCAGCCGGUGACGCUGGACAUGCGCCACUCGGCGCCCUGCCACUCAUGGCUCAGCCUGCGGCUCUUCGACGAGAGGACCAUGGAGAAGUGGAAGGACUGCUGCAUGGAGACGGAGCCUGGCCCGGUGGGAGCCGGCAGCUACUACUUCUCCCCCACCAAGGUGGCAGAUUGGUUCUUCCGCUCGGUGCGUGCCGUCAUCGAGGAGGUGCGCCGACACCCACAGCGCGGGGUUCCCAGCGUGGCGGCGGUGGAGAAGAAUGGCACGGUGGUGUCCGUCAUCCUCAACGUGGGCCGCAGCCGCAUGCUCUAUGACAUCGUGCCUGUGGUGUCCUUCAAGGGCUGGCCGGCCGUCGCCCAGAACUGGCUGAUGGAGAACCACUUCUGGGAUGGCAAGAUCACUGAGGAGGAGGUGAUCAGCGGCUUCUACCUGGUGCCAGCCUGCUCCUGCAGUGGCAUCCCAGAGAACGAGUGGCGACUGGCUUUCUCGCGGAGCGAGGUGCAGCUGAAGAAGUGCAUCUCCAUGCCCUUGAUCCAGGCUUACCAGGCGUACAAGGCCAUGAUUGUCAAACUGCUGUCAAGGCCUCGGGCCAUCAGUCCCUACCACCUGAGGAGUCUGAUGCUGUGGGCCUGCGACCGCCUCCCUUCCAGCUUCCUCGGGCAGGAGGAGAACACAGCACACUUCCUCCUGGGCCUCCUCGACGACCUGGCCCACUGCCUGGUCAACAAGUCAUGCCCCAACUACUUCCUGCCACAGUGCAACAUGUUCGAUCAGCUGUCCGACAGCACAGUGCUGCUGCUGGCCUGCCGCCUUUCGUCGGUGCGUUCGGACCCCGCCGAGCACCUGCGCAGCGCCAUUGAGCACGCCAAGGCAGCCAGCCGACUUGCCCAGGAGCUGCGGCAGUCCACACCAGGCCUGGCCUCCUCCCAGUCAGAUGGGGUGCUGUCCAGUGCUGGCCGGCAGGAUGACAGCUUAGCCCGCAAGCUCCAGCAGCUGGUGACGGAAAACCAGGGCAAGUCCAUCUCUGUCUUCCUCAACCCGGACGACGUCAGCAAGCCUCACUUCAGGAUCGAUGACAAGUUUUUCUGAAGGAUUGGGCCGUGGUGCUGUCCGUCCGAUGCACCUGUCUUCCCUCCCUGCCUGCCUUCAGCCCCCGCAUGCUGCAUUGUGGGCUACUGGUAGGCGUGAUCUCCCCUUGCAUUGUGGGAUACUGGCGGUCACACUUUGCAAUGGGCCUCACUGAACUGAGAGACGUGUUGCUGAAGCAUUCUUUGGGACAAAUGCAGGAUUGCCAAGUUUGGAAUGAUAGCGACCCGAACUGCAGGAGAAAAGAGUGCCACUUGGUUUGCAAUUUGACUCUGGGCUGCAGUAUUGCCAUGGAGCAAGCUGUAGACACCUCAGGCAUCUGGGUAAUUCCUUUUCUUAAAACAGAAGUAAGGUUUAAACACAUUCCAUUUUGUUUGCAACUUUUGAAACAGUGUCACUCUCAACUAGUGCGAGUGAGCCACAGCAAUGCCUCAAUCAAUCAGUCAAAUUGCUAAGCGUAUUGGGGCGCUUUUUCCCCUGUGGUGUAAAUUAUUGUGAUCAGUGCGCUUUGGCAUUCUUGUGUUUUGUCCUGAUGAGUGCAAGACAAAAAAAAACCUGGACAAUGUAUCUCUCUUCUCAGCAAUUUCAGGUUCUGUUCUAAAAGUAAAAUGAUUGCAAUGGAUGUUUAACAAUAUUUCUCAAGAUUACAGGUGAGCCAUUGCUUACCUUUUUUCAAAAAAAACUUUAUUCGUCUUUCCUGUUGUGAGAGGAGGGGUUUGAAAUGGCAGUUUAUAAGUAUCCAGCCAAUUAAUUGUUGCCUGGUCUCUCUGACUAAUGUAAAGCAACUCAAAACCAGCAUUGCUGAGUUAGAAUCCUUAGGUUACACGUCACGUUUGUAAACUCCACAUUUGAAUCUCCUGUGCUGGCCGUAGGACCAGAUCUUAAUGCCCGACACAAGGAAUGAUAACUUGACCGUACAAUUCUUGAUCCAUUCUGUCUUUGUGGAUUCUGGGCUCUCCUGUAAAGGGGAUGGUUAGUGCUGUGCAAGCACCAGGCUGAACUGUGACUGGGUGCAGGCUGCCAACCGCUGAUGAGGCCUGACAACAGUGCAAUAUUGUAGUGCGUUUAAAUUGCAUUGUGAGGCACAGCCAUUAUCAAGGGGAUGGCACUGGAAGCAGCUGAUGGGUUUGGUCAGACUGAACUGCAUCCUGAAUGGAUUUGGGAUGUAUGGCUGGGAUAGUUCGUCCGGAUAGUCAUUUCUAUCAAUGAAACAUCAACUCGUUGAUACUUUUGCUUUGCGUUCCAGUUUCAUGGAAAUUUUUGUCAUUUAUUUCGUAAGCAGUUUGAUUUCCAACAGUAGCAACACCAGGCCUGGAUACUGAAGCCUUUGGUUUAAGUGGCCACUUGGAUGAGCACCUAUAUAUUUACACUGUAUGGUGCUUUCUUAGUAAGUUUUGGAUCAGUUCUGAUUUCUGCUGGAAAUAUUUUUUUUCCAUUUGACUCUCCCUCUCCCUUUCCCUUUCCCUCUCCCUCUCACACACUCUCAACCCUGCCUCCCUCCCUCCCUCCCUCUUUCUGUCUUCCACCCCUCCCUCUCUCUGUCUUCCCUCCCCCUCACUCUGUCUAUUUCUUUGCCUCUGCCUGUCUGUGCCACCCUCCCUCUGAGCUGCACAGAAUCUUACCAGACCAUUAAUGCCUCUGCCCUGCUCUUCUCAGCCAGUGGGAUCGCUGUAAUUAAUCUUAGUGCCUUUUGGGUGAACAUUGCCAAACAGAUCUUGGAGGGGAUAUCUGCAAAAGUUUAAUUUUAUUGCUGCCAUCCUGUGUACACGCAGUAUGACUGUGUUUCUCAAUUGAUUUGAUUCUAGUACAGUUGGCCUCAGGAUCCUUUUGGGUAAGGGGUGCUGGGGGCAGAGGGGAGAUAGUAAUGUGGCAGGAAUGUGUUGAUCAGGGCAUCUGGAAAGAACUGAGUAUGUGUGAGACCAUCUCUGUUGCCCACUGCAGAUCAUCAUCCUUCCUGUGCUGCGGCUUGGGGUCUACGGUCAGCCCAAACCUAGGUUGACCCAGCCGUGGUAUGGGAUGCCCACAGAAAGUGGCAAGUUGCCAGUCCAUUACCUGGAGCUGUUCACCCACUUGAGUUGACCGGUAGUCAGGUGUGAUCAGGGUAGGAUGUUUACUGCAUGUGACCCAAAGCUUGUGUGCUCAAACAGAUGAGGCAGGGCAUUUUUGUGUUUGCAUUUGAGGCGUGAACGCAGUCAGAGCGUUGAAGAAACGACAGUUGAAGGGAGGAAUGCAAAGUAGCUGUCUUGAGCCCUACCUCUGCUGAAAAGAGUUCUUGCCGACGUGGGAGGGUACCAGUCACCCCUAAGGUUGGGCAACAUGCUGCCGGUGACCCCUAAUUACCAACAGCUGGUGGUUUCCACCCCACACAAGCACAUUUAGUGGGUGAGCACAGGGAUUACUGACAGGCUGACAGCACACACUAAAUGGAUGGAGGUGGUCAGCCUGUUUAGAUGGUGACAUAGUGCCAGGCCUUUGACUAUAACAUGCACUUAGAUGCACUGGCAUUCACUGCGUUACGUUUGUCCAGUUGGGCAUCAAAUACGUACCAAGUAUCAAGCUAGUCUGCCACACGAUGCUCCCUCCUAGCUGCUCCAAAUGUGGGGUUGGUGGUUUGAACUGGGUGGGGGUUGUGGCCACAGGAUUACAAUAAGGUAGUCAUUCAGUAAUUCAGACUAUAUCAAAAGCUCAGUUUUAAUCAGUUUUCCUCUGCCUUACCAAACAACAUUGUGACAGGGAGCGGAUGCACACCUCACACUGGCUCCGUGCCUCCCAGCAGAGGGAUCAGUUUUUUGGAAAAACAAAUGUCCAUCAGGCCGCUUGAGUUAUCAUGGCAGUGGCAGCAGAGACAGGAAGGUAAGGAUGUACAUCCUGCUCUCUCGUUGGGUGCCGCAGCGCCCAAAAAGCUAAGUGUCAGCCUGCUGUGUCGCACAUUGCCAAACCCUCCCACCCCCAACCCUCCUCGUACCGGAGACAAAGUUAGCACUGCUGCCUCACAGAGCCAGGGACUCGGGUUUGAUUCCACCCUCGGGCGACUGUCUGUCUGUGUGGAGUUUGCACGUUCUCCCCCGUGUCUGCUUGGGUUUCCUCCCACAGUCCAAAGAUGUGCGGAUUAGGGUAGACUGGUCAUCCUAAAUUGUCCCAUUGCAUCCAGGAAUGUGCAGGCUAGGUGGGUGAGCCUUGGGAAAUGCAGGGUUACGGGGAUAAGGCAGGGGUGUGGGCCUAGGUGGGAUGCUGUUCAGAGGGUCAGUGUGGCCUCAAUAGGCCAAAUGGCCUGUUUCGGCACUGUAGGGAUUCUAUAGGGCCUUCCUGGCCAUACCUGAGAAGGUGAUCCACAGAGGUCAGACUGCAAAAUGAGUGACAGGAGCCAGCAAGAACCAGUGCAUCUGACCCAUCCCCCUGCCGUGCCAGCUCUGCUGCAGAUUUAGGUACAUCCCAGUGUGUGCUGUAAACUUUGCCCUUCUAGCUAGGAGCAGCCUUUUACAAAGUUUACAAAGCAUUGUCACUGGAAUCUUAGUAUGAAACUUUAAGGGUCCAAUUGCUGGUCUACUCUGCAGGAAUUCAGAUAUUCUGGAGAGAUGUAAAAAAAAUAGCAGCUAUUAUCCAGUAAUACAGUUAGUUACAUGAGACUGCCAGAAAUCAGUGACCUGACAGUGGGUUUUCCACUGGUGCUGGUCAAGUCAAGCUCGAACACAACUUUCCCAAAUGUGUCUCUUUGUUUUAUACUUUCUCUUUUUGUCUUUCCAUCAUUUUGUUUUUAACCUCCACCUCUUCAGCCAGCGUCGAUCCUGACAUCUCUCCUGCAUUUUAUUUCUGCCAGCUUGCUCUCCGUUGAAAUUGAGAGUUUUAUAGCCAGAAUGAGGCCUUUUGGUCCAUCGUGGAUCUGGCACCUAUCCACUCUGAUCCCAUUUGCGGAAACUUGGCCUGUAUCCUUGUGUGCUACAGCAUUUCAAGUCUUUAUCUAAAUACGUCUUAAAAGUUGUGAUGGGUCCUGCCUAUAUCACCUGCUAUGAACAUUUAAAAGGAGAGUGUAGGCUGCAGUCUUACAAUGACUGAGUUUUGUUUUAAAAAAAGUGUAUUUGAAGAGACGUGCUUCUGAGGUUGGCAUAGAAAUUGGGGUUUGGGGUGGUAGAAGCUAUAUCUGGGCUGAAUAACCAGGGUCUGGGGCUCUGAGGGCUAGCUUCAGGGUCCAUGUUUCCUGCUUCUGGCCUUGCUGCUGGAGUACAACUUGGUAUUACCUCCGGGAGCAGGUUGCCAAAGGCAAUGUCCUUCCUUUCUUGAGCUGUCGUCGCUGGUGCUGAGCUGCUGCUUCCUCAUUCACAGGGGCUAUGUGCCUAAUCUCUGUUUCCCGCACCCAACGUUGACUGGACCUUUUGACACUUGCGUCAGAUAUGUAGCAUUGAAGUGUGAAAAGCGGAGUUCUGCCUUGCCACAAGAGACCCGCGGAAAGCAUUGUGGUUUGUCGUCCUGCAUUGCAUUUUGUCUGGAGGGUGGACUUGGGAUGGGUUUCUCCUGGAGCUGCGCAAGUGAUUUGGGCAAAGUGCACCCUUUUCACUCCUUCAGUGGGACAAAUAGUGUACGCAAUUUCAAAGCGGUGUCUAACGUAAUUUAUACCAUUUGAUUGACAAAGUGCCUGCAGCCCAACUACGAUUGUAUUUGCGUACAUCGUGAAUGUUGAGACUACAACUCGAAGCUGCAUCCCCCAACACUAGUUCUACAGGGCUGCAAUGAAGCAGACCAGCUUGGUGGUUUAACAUAUUUGUGCCUCAACUUUAUCAAGGUUUGCAUUCAGACAGCAACUUUUGUCCAUACCUGCAUACAGCCAGCUGUAGCCUCCAAUCUAAACGGGCCAGGAUUGAGUAUCUGGGGAAACAAGGGAGUGCUCUCUUGCAUUUUCGUUCAAGUAUUGUACUCAAAUGUUUUUUUUUGCUGCAGCUGUGGAGGUACACAGCUAGGAGUGAGUGCGUGCUGUGACUUGGGAGGUGCUGGCAUGUGUGUUUUUCGCUUUCUCCUUUUGCUCAGGCAGACAGCUGAUAAUCACCCCAAAAAAUGAAAGCUACAUUGUAUGCGACAGUAAACUCAUGUAGAAAGAAGCAAUUGAACAAUAGAGCAAGCAUGAACCCUGCAUGUACUGUUGAUGCUGCAAAGCAGCUCCUCCCUGAGUGAGGGAUGUGUACUUUGCUGCAAAUGCCCCUUUCCUCUCUACUACUUUGUGAUGCGAUUCUUGAAUGUACAGCCGGGCACUUGAAUUCUCCCCACCCUCCUGUAGAUUCAAGUUGCGGUACGGCCAUAACAGCCUGGCCUUUUACAAUAAAGCAAAAGAACUGGGGAUCUUGGACAUCUGAAACAAAGGAAAGCAGAAAUUGCUGGAGAAGCACAUCAGGUCUUGUCCAUCUCUACACUGAUUGGGCAUCCAUUGAAGAUGAACCAGGUUGUACCACUCCAAAUGUGGUUCAUGGCAUGGUUGGGGUGGGGUGGUGGUGGGUGCUGGUUGCUGCAUUUGGCAAGCUUUUAAACUCCCUACAACUUGGCCUGACUGGCCUUGUAUAAAAAGCUGUAUCCUGUGGUGAAUGAAUCCCAAACUGGGAAUGCCACCCUCUGUCUCGGGACUCGGAAACGAGAACAGGAAUUCCUGGAGAAAAUAAGCAGGUUCUGGCAGCGUCAGAACUGUUCUGAAGAAGGGUCAGCACAUUCGAAACUUUAGCUGUGUUUUCUCUCUCCAUAGAGGGCAGCUGUGUGCCACAAGGAUUGGUGCUGGGUCCGCUGCUCUUUGUCAUCUGUAGAUAUGAUUUGAAUGUGAAGAGAGGUGGUAUGGUUAGUAUGUUUGCGGAUGACACCAAAAUUGUUGAUGUAGUAGACAGUAGAGGUUAUUUCGGAGUGCAAAGGGACCUUGAUCAGAUGGGCCAGUGGGCUAAGGAGUGGCAGAUGGAGUUUAAUUUGGAUAAAUGUGUGUUGCAUUUUGGAAAGGAAAAUCAGGGCAGGACUUAUAAAGUUAAUGGUAAGUCCCUGGGCACUAUUGCUGAACAAAGAGAAAAGGGGUUCAGGUGCAUAGCUCCUUAAAAGUGGAGCCACAGGUAGACAAGGUAGUCAAGAAGGUGUUUGAUACACUUGCCUUUAUAGCCAGUGCAUUGAGUAUAGGAGCUGAGAGGUCAUGUUGCAGCUGUACAGGACAUUUGUUAGGCCACUUUGGAAUGCUGCUUUCAGUUCUUUGUCUCCCUGCUAUAGGAAAGAUGUUAUUGAACUUGAAAGGGUUCAGAAAAACUUUACAAGCAUGCUGCCAGGGCUGGAGGGUUUUGAGCAACGAGGUAAGGCUGAGUAGGCUGGGGCUAUUUUCCUUGGAGUGUCAGAGGCUAAGGGGUGACCUUUAUAGAGGUUUACAAAAUCAUGAGGAGCAUGGAUGGGGUGAAUAGCCAAAGUCAUUUCUCCAGGGUAGGGGAGUUCAAAACUAGCAGGCAUAAGUUUAAAGCGAGUAAAAGAUCUGAGGGACAACUUUUUUUUACACAUUGCAUGUGUGGAAUGAACUGCCAGAGGACGUCGUGGAAGCUGGUACAGUGACAACAUUUAAAAGGCAUCUGGAUGGGUACAUGAGUAGGAAGGGUAUAGAGGGAUAUGGGCCAAAUGCUGGCAAAUGGAACUCGAUUGGGAUAUCUGGUCAGCAUGGAUGAGUUGAACCAAAGGUUCUGUUUCUGUGCUGUGUGACUCUAUGAUAACAAAGUGUGGAGCUGGAUGAACACAGCAGGCCAAGCAGCAUCUCAGGAGCACAA